CACAUGUAAACAAGCUUUCUUUGAUAACACCGAUCCGAACACCUAGGUUGUGCAUCGUAGACUCUAGUCAUAAAGAAGUGGAUGUGGUUGCUAUAAACGUCUAAUCAAACUCAAUCAUAAAACUCAUCAGCUAUGGCACUUGUUACUAUGAAACAGUUACCUCUUAGCCGCGGUCGCUGUCAGUUUUUAUUCGCAGAGAAGUUCGCAAAUUCUUUGAAAACUUGUUUGUCGACUACAUCCAUUAUGCCACGUAAAGAAUCAGAUACAUUUGGAGAACUUGAUGUGCCCGAUGAUAAAUAUUACGGCGCGCAAACGGUUCGAUCUGUAAUGAAUUUUCCUAUCGGAGGGUCAACCGAACGUAUGCCGGAAGCUGUUAUUAGAGCUAUGGGGGUACUUAAAAAAGCUGCCGCUAUCGUGAACAAAGAUUACGGAUUAGAUACCAAAGUUGCAGAUGCUAUUAGCUCUGCUGCUGACGAAGUAAUAUCUGGAAAAUUAUACGAAGAUCAUUUUCCUCUGGUUAUAUGGCAGACUGGUUCUGGAACUCAAACAAAUAUGAAUACGAAUGAGGUGAUCAGUAAUCGAGCGAUUGAACUGCUUGGAGGAAAGUUGGGCAGUAAAACUCCAGUUCAUCCGAAUGAUCAUGUCAAUAAAAGUCAAAGUUCCAACGAUACUUUCCCAACUGCUAUGCAUAUUGCUGUAGCUGUGGAAAUUAGCCAGUGUCUAUUACCUAGUUUAAGGCAUCUGCACGACGCUUUGGAUGCUAAAGCAAAACAAUUCGCCAAUAUCAUUAAAAUUGGCAGAACUCAUACUCAAGAUGCCACGCCCUUGACUCUUGGCCAAGAAUUCAGCGGUUACGUUCAACAAAUUAAAUUUGGAAUCGAGCGAAUCGAAACUACAUUGCCUAGAUUAUACCUGUUAGCUCUCGGUGGCACCGCAGUCGGUACCGGAUUGAAUACUCGUAUCGGAUUUGCUGAAAAAUGCGCCUCGAAAAUAAGCGAAUUGACGGGCUUACCGUUUCAAUCGGCGCCUAACAAAUUCGAAGCUUUAGCCAGCCAUGACGCUAUGGUUGAAGUUUCCGGUGCACUAAACACGGUAGCAGUCAGUUUGAUGAAAAUUGCCAACGAUGUUCGAUUUUUAGCUUCAGGACCUAGAUGCGGCCUCGGUGAAUUGAGUUUACCUGAAAAUGAACCUGGAAGUAGCAUUAUGCCUGGAAAAGUAAAUCCUACACAAUGCGAAGCCAUUACCAUGGUCGCAGCUCAAGUAAUGGGAAAUCACGUUGCCGUCACUGUAGGAGGAAGUAAUGGUCAUUUCGAAUUGAACGUUUUCAAGCCGUUGAUUGUAUCCAACGUCCUUAGAUCAAUUAGAUUAAUAGCGAAUAGCAGCGUAGCAUUCACAGAUAAAUGUGUCGUCGGAAUUGUCGCCAACGAAGAUAGAAUUGCUAAACUACUGCACGAAUCUUUGAUGUUGGUUACCGCGCUCAAUCCGCACAUUGGAUAUGAUAAAGCCGCAAAAAUCGCAAAAACUGCCCACAAAGAAGGAACUACCCUUAAACAAGCUGCUCUCAAACUGAAUUAUUUAACCGAAGAAGAUUUUGAUAAAUGGGUUAAACCUGAAGAUAUGCUCGGGCCGAAAUAAGAACUUGCGAAAUCGAAAGAUGGAAUUAGCUGGUUUGCAAAAAACUUGGUUCAAGGGUUGUACUCAGUCACAUAGAUAGUAAUAAAAAAAUAUUGUAUAAUUUAACAUUUUCCAGAAGUAUUUCUCUAUACAUUUUUCAUUUACGGAUAUAAGCGUGUAAAAAUUGUUAAUACUGUACAAAUAUCAUGAAAAAAUCAGAUUGCCUAAUUA